AUGCCUUAUCGCAACUGUGGACGGCACCAAGACAACUACCCAUGCCUUAUCGCAACUGUGGACGGCCCCAAGAAGUGCACGGGAGUCCUCAUCGCCCCCAAGCACGUACUCAUUACGUCAGGCUGCUUGACUCGCAACGUCCGAUGGACAUCCAUCGGUGCACAGAAGUUCAAUGCCACCAACGAUGGCGAGAAGUUCAAGGUGAAGGCGAUGCUGACCCACCCGCAGUCCACGACCUACACGAACGACUUCAUGGUGCUGGAAAUGGAGAAGGCCAGCGCGGUCACGCCCGUCGCGUUGGCCGCGACUGACGGUUCCGACAACAAGGCCGGGGAGCGGGCGCAAUAUCUGGGCUGGCGACACAUUCAAGAAACGGAGACGACUUCUUAUAGCCGUGGAGAGAAACUCCAAAGCUCAGAAGUGAAGAUUCUGAGCAACGAGCAGUGCGCCACGAUGAUCAACAUCGACAAGUCGAACCUGUGCGCAGGUGGAAACGCCAACGAAGAUUCGUGCCAAGGUAGCUUCGGCAGUCCGCUUAUCGUUGAAAAGGCCAACCAGGACGUCGUCGUUGGACUGACCAGCUGGAUCUUUGACUGCAACUUGAGCAACACCCCUUCUAUCUUUGCUCGUGUCGCGGGUGCGCGCGAGUGGAUUGAGUCUGCUACCAAAAGUACGUGCUUCGUCUAG